AUGUUCUCCCACUCUCCGGGUCUAUGCACAUGCACACAUGAUUAAUACUUAAUUCUCUCACCAGUUGAUCCAUUAUUCCAUUCUUCGUUAAUUAGCGAGGAUUGAGAUAGAAUUAGUCAACAAGAAAAUGUUAUAGUUAUCAACAUAAUUGGAGACAUUAUCUUUGAAAUUGUCCUGUAUUUAAACAAAUUGCGAACUGCAAUUUGAUUUCUGCAAAAAUUAAUGGCAUCAAUUAGCAAAAUACCAAGCUCUGCAAAGGAUGAGGAUCUAGAAGAGGAGAUUGAACAUUUUGAUGAUUUUACCCUGGCCUCUUCGUGGGAAAGGUUCAUAUCUGAGAUAGAGGCAGUUUGCAGGCAGUGGUUGGCUGAUGGCACCAAGAAUUUGCUGAAAAAUGGUGCUAUUAGUGUGAAUAUCUCUGAGGACCUAUAUAAGGUCAAAACUGACCUGAAGUAUGCGAUGAAAAGCUAUUGCAUGGAGUACUAUUUUGGAACACAUAAUGAUGUUGGUCGAGGAAAAGGAAAUGACUGGAGUUGUGCAUUGCAUGAUCUGCAACUGUCUUUUGGGGUGAAUGAGUUCCUGGUGAUUGCUCCUCAAAGUGCCAGUGGAGUGGUUCUUGAUGGACCGGAGGCCAGCAAGCUUCUAAGUGCAGUUGCUAUUGCCUUGUCAAAUUGUUCCUGUUUGUGGCCAGCAUUUGUUCCAGUGCAUGUUCCUUCUCGUAAAGCAUACAUUGGCAUCCAGAACAUGGGAACCCUUUACACUAGACGAUUUGAAGCUGACCGUAUAGGUAGCCAGGUGCCAUUGAAGCUUAUGCAUCUGGAGGGAUUGUAUGAGCUAUUUGUUUCUAAAUUUGCCUUCUCCAAUAUGGACCUGUCCAUGCAUCUUUUUCAAGUCAAUCUCAAGAUGAAGCUGACCUAUCGUACACUUCCCUACGAUGAGGAUUCUGAUGUACAAGAACCUGAGGGAGGCAUUACAGAAGCAGGGGGAAGUCCCAAAAGCAAACAUCAUAAUAGAAAACCAUGGGAUGACGAUUGUCCUUGGAGUGAGUGGUACUCUGCGGAGGACCCAGUAAAAGGUUUUGAGCUGCUUACUGCAUGGUCUGAGAAGGCAAUUGAGAGUUCACUAGAAAUGGCUGAGCUGGAAAAUGCUUCACCUCUUGAGGCUGAGAAGUGGUCGAUAUCUCCAUGCUUAUCUGAGAUUCUAAGUGCUGAUUCUGAUGGAAAGAGAAUUGGAUUUGCAUCGCAGUUGCAGCUUUUAAUUGAUGCUUUGCUUAUGUCACUGGAAACACAAUUUGUGGAAGAUUUUGUUUCAGUAGAGCACUCAAGACCUGAGAAUUUAAAGUCUACUGCCGUCAUACCUCCCCCAACUGUCCUUGAUCGUGUGCUUAAAGACCUAUUUUAUGAGGUUGAAGCAGCCCAACCUGAUUCUGCCGAAGGAGAUCACAAAUAUUCCCGGACCAUUAAAGGCGCUCCUCUUGAAUCACUUUUUGGGCAGUUCUGUCUGCACGCUCUCUGGGUUGGUGAUUGCAAUAUAAGGGCUAUUGCAGCAUUCUGGAUAGAGUUUGUACGGGAAGUUCGCUGGUGCUGGGAAGAGUCACAGCCAUUACCUAGAAUGCCAGCCAAUGGUGUAAUUGACCUAUCUACCUGUUUAAUUAACCAGAAAUUACACAUGCUUGCAAUUUGUAUGGAUAGAAAGCAUCAGUUUAAUCAAAAGGGUCCGAAGGCAGAUGAAAAUGGAGUUUUUCUUUCUGCUCGUAUUAAGACACUGAAGUCCAAAGUGUUAUAUCUUCUCAAGAUGGAGAUGCUCAGGCUUCUUGUUGGGAAUGUGACAGGUGAAAAGCAAGUGAGAACCUUUUGUGUAAAUUGUUAAAUGCUAGCUACUUGU